GGAGAGGACAGAAUUCAGGCCUAUGAGAGAAAGGGAAAGUUAAGGAUGCUGGAGCAGAACAAUGGAUUUCUCUUUCUCUUUCAUGCAAGGGAUCAUGGGAAACACAAUUCAGCAACCACCUCAACUCAUUGACUCAGCCAAUAUCCGCCAGGAGGAUGCCUUUGAUAACAGCAGUGACAUAGUGGAAGAUGGUGGCCAGACACCGUAUGAAACUGGCCUACAGCAAGGCUUUCAGUAUCCAACACCAACCACCGAGGACCUCCCACCGCUCACAAAUGGCUACCCACCCCCAAUCAACAUGUACGAACCUCAAACGAAAUAUCAGGCGUACAGUCAGUAUCCCAAUGGUUCAGCCAAUGGCUUUGGUGCAGUUAGAAACUUUAGUCCCACUGACUAUUAUCAUACAGAAAUUUCAAACACAAGACCACAUGAAGUUCUGGAAAAACCUUCCCCUCCACAGCCGCCACCUCCUCCGAUACCACAAACGGUUAUUCCAAAGAAGACUGGUUCACCAGAAAUUAAAUUAAAAAUCACCAAAACGAUCCAGAACGGCAGGGAAUUGUUUGAAUCCUCCCUCUGUGGAGACCUUUUAAAUGAAGUACAGGCAAGUGAGUACGCAAAGACAAAACAUGAAGGCAGGAAAGAAAAGAGGAAAAGUAACAAGCAUGACUCUUCUAGGUCAGAAGAGCGCAAGUCACACAAAAUUCAAUUAGAACCAGAGGAGCAAAAUAAACCAAAUGAGAGGCUCAGCAUGCUAUCAGAAAAACCAGGAGACGAUUUGAUACUGGAGGAAACUUCGACCCAGCAGCACUUACCUUCGCUUCCCACGGAAGUGACCACUGGUGUGAAGUAUCAGGUUGGUGAUCUGGUCUGGUCUAAAGUGGGAACCUAUCCUUGGUGGCCAUGCAUGGUUUCAAGCGAUCCCCAACUCCACGUUCAUACAAAAAUCAACACAAGAGGGGCCCGUGAAUAUCAUGUCCAGUUUUUCAGCACCAGCCAGAGAGGGCAAUGGGUGCAUGAAAAGCGGGUACGAGAGUACAAAGGCCAUAAACAGUAUGAGCAGUUGCUAGCUGAGGCGACAAAACAAGCCAGUAACCAUUCCGAGAAACAAAAGAUUCGGAAGCCCAGGCCACAGCGAGAACGGGCCCAGUGGGAUAUUGGCAUUGCCCAUGCAGAGAAAGCAUUGAAGAUGACCCGGGAAGAAAGGAUAGAACAGUACACUUUCAUCUAUAUCGACAAACAGCCCGAGGAGGUUUUGUCCCAAGGGAAAAAGAAUGCUGCUUCUAAAACAGAAGUUAAAAAGAAUCGGAGGCCGAAGCCAGUGCUGAACUCUCAACCCGAACAGACCAAUGCGGGAGAGGCUGCCGCCUCAUUAUCAAAUACUGAACUGCGAAGACACAGUCAGAGGCGGCACACUAGUGCGGAAGAGGAAGAACCACCUCCUGUUAAAAUAGCGUGGAAAACGGCAGCAGCGAGGAAAUCCUUACCAGCUUCCAUCACGAUGCACAAAGGGAGCCUGGAUUUGCAGAAGUGUAACAUGUCACCGGUAGUGAAAAUUGAACAAGUAUUUGCUCUCCAGAAUGCCACAGGAGAUGGGAAAUUUAUCGAUCAGUUUGUUUAUUCCACAAAGGGAGUUGGUAACAAAACGGAAAUCAGUGUCAGGGGACAAGACAAGCUUAUCAUUUCUACCCCAAACCAGAGGAAUGAAAAAGCAACAGCUCAGAAUGCAUCAUCCCCUGAAACAACACCUGGGUCAACAGGUUCGGUAGAAAAGAAGCAACAGAGAAGAUCGAUUAGAACUCGCUCUGAAUCGGAAAAAUCCACUGAGGUUGUGCCAAAGAAGAAGAUCAAAAAGGAGCAGGUAGAAACGGUUCCCCAAGCUGCAGUGAAGACUGGAUUACAGAAAGGUGCCAGCGAGAUUUCAGAUUCCUGUAAACCUCUAAAGAAAAGGAGUCGCGCCUCAACUGACGUAGAAAUGACUAGCUCAGCAUAUAGAGACACAUCUGACUCGGAUUCUAGAGGACUCAAUGAUCUGCAAAUGAGCUUCGGAAAGCAGAUAGACAGCCCUUCAGCCACUGCAGAUGCCGAUGCCUCUGAUGUGCAGUCAGUGGACUCAAGUUUAUCGAGAAGAGGAACUGGAACAAAUAAGAAAGACACCGUGUGUCAGGUCUGUGAAAGCUAUAGCGACUCUCUCGUUGCUUGUGAAGGGGAGUGCUUUCGACAUUUUCACCUGGAAUGCCUGGGAUUAACAUCACUCCCUGAUGGGAAGUUUGUCUGCGUGGAGUGUGAAACUGGGCACCAUACGUGUUUUUCCUGUAAGGUUCCUGGUAAAGAUGUGAAGCGUUGUUCUGUCAGUGCCUGUGGUAAAUUUUACCAUGAGGCCUGUGUUCGCAUAUUUCCUACUGCUAUCUUUGAGGCUAGAGGAUUCCGCUGUCCCCAGCACUGCUGUUCUGCCUGCUCCAUGGAGAAGGAUAUCCACAAAGCAAGCAAAGGUCGUAUGAUGAGAUGCUUGAAAUGCCCAAUUGCAUAUCACUCAGGAGAUGGCUGUAUUGCUGCAGGAAGUGUAUUUGUGUCCACCCACAUUCUCAUCUGUAGUAACCAUUCCAAAAGGAGCAGUCAUUCUUCCUCUGCUGUAAAUGUAGGCUUUUGUUUCGUUUGUGCAAGAGGGCUGAUAGUUCAGGACCAUUCAGACCCCAUGUUCAGUUCCUAUGCCUAUAAAUCCCACUACCUACUGAAUGAAUCAAAUCGUGCUGAGUUGAUGAAAUUACCUAUGAUUCCUUCUUCGUCAGCUUCCAAAAAGAAAUGUGAGAAAGGUGGAAGAUUGUUAUGCUGUGAAUCGUGCCCAGCUUCCUUCCAUCCGGAAUGCCUCAGCAUAGAGAUGCCAGAGGGCUCCUGGAACUGUAAUGAUUGUAAGGCUGGCAAGAAACUACAUUACAAGCAGAUUGUUUGGGUCAAGUUGGGAAAUUACAGAUGGUGGCCAGCAGAGAUCUGCAAUCCCAGGUCUGUGCCUCUCAACAUCCAGGGCCUCAAACAUGACUUUGGGGAUUUUCCCGUAUUCUUCUUCGGCUCUCAUGACUACUAUUGGGUGCACCAGGGCAGAGUUUUCCCGUAUGUUGAAGGAGAUAAAAGCUUUGCUGAGGGGCAAACCAGUAUUAACAAGACCUUCAAAAAAGCACUUGAAGAAGCUGCAAAACGUUUUCAGGAGCUGAAAGCACAAAGAGAAAGUAAAGAAGCACUGGAGCUCGAAAGAAAUUCAAGAAAACCUCCUCCCUAUAAACAUAUUAAAGCUAACAAGGUAAUAGGGAAAGUUCAAAUCCAGGUUGCAGACCUGUCAGAGAUCCCACGCUGUAACUGCAAGCCCGCCGAUGAGAACCCAUGUGGCCUGGAGUCCGAGUGCCUGAAUAGGAUGUUGCAGUAUGAGUGCCACCCCCAGGUGUGCCCUGCCGGAGAACGCUGCCAGAACCAGUGCUUCACCAAAAGGCUCUAUCCCGACGCCGAGAUCAUCAAGACAGAGCGUCGCGGCUGGGGCCUCAGGACCAAAAGAAGCAUUAAGAAGGGUGAAUUUGUAAACGAAUAUGUUGGUGAGUUAAUUGAUGAAGAAGAGUGCAGAUUGCGAAUCAAGCGAGCCCAUGAGAACAGCGUAACUAAUUUUUACAUGUUAACUGUUACCAAGGACCGAAUAAUUGAUGCUGGCCCAAAGGGGAAUUAUUCUCGCUUUAUGAACCACAGUUGCAAUCCUAACUGUGAGACGCAGAAGUGGACGGUAAAUGGGGAUGUUCGUGUUGGACUUUUCGCGCUUUGUGAUAUUCCUGCAGGGAUGGAGCUAACAUUUAAUUAUAAUCUGGAUUGUCUGGGCAAUGGGAGGACCGAGUGCCACUGUGGAGCGGAUAACUGCAGUGGCUUCCUAGGAGUGCGGCCAAAGACGGCAUUUGCAUCAGCGAACGAAGAGAAGGCAAAAAAUGCAAAGUUAAAGCAGAAGAAACGGAAGAUCAAAACUGAACAGAAGCAAAUGCAUGAAGAUUACUGUUUUCAGUGUGGAGAUGGAGGAGAGCUGGUCAUGUGUGACAAAAAAGACUGUCCCAAAGCAUACCACCUCCUAUGCCUUAACUUGACUCAACCACCAUUUGGAAAGUGGGAAUGUCCAUGGCAUCAGUGUGACAUAUGCAGCAUCCCUGCAGUUUCCUUCUGCGAAUUCUGCCCACGUUCAUUCUGUAAAGAUCAUGAGAAAGGGGCUCUGGUGCCCUCUGCGUUGGAAGGCCGGCUCUGCUGCUCUGAACACAACCCCAAAUCUCCUGUGGCACCAGAGUACUGGAGCAAGAUCAAAUGCAAAUUGGAAUCACAAGAUCCCGGAGAAGAAGGGAAGGAAUAGAUUUGCAAGUUUAAAAAACAAACAAACAAAAAAGUGAAUAGGUGAUGAAUUUAGAGAAAAGACUGCUCUAGUGCAUUCAGUCUGUUGUCAUCUGAGCUACCUUUUUGGAACUGGGGCAGGGAACCAUCUAAUCCAGGCAGGCAGUAGCAGUCAGUGGCAUCUUUUUAAUUUUGUUCUGUUUUUGUCUUUUCCUUAUCCGUGAGUGUGCUUCAUUAGCUCAUGCAGCUGGAAAAUAGGAAAGCCUCAUCCUUUAAAAAGGAAAGGAGAAAAGAAAAAUCUUGGGCACUGAAGAGGGUUUUGUGUGCAAAAUAUCUUCCUAGAGGUAGAAAGCAAAGAUUGCCAUCGCUUUUUUAUUGAAUUUUAAAGGAUUCGGAGAAGCGAUGUUAAGGUAGAUAAGUGCAUUUUCCAAACAAAGAGUAAGAGGUGAACCCGGCAGAAAUAGAAAUAAUGAUUUUUUUUAAUGUCUUUUUUUUUAAUACUGUCUCGUGGUUUCACAAAAUGCACUUGAAGAGUCUCAAAGUAAAAGGGGUGAAUCUGGCCUUGAAAACAAAAUGCCUCUAUAUCAGAAGAGUUCAAUCCUUGUGUUCUUCGAUGAGGUGGGCUCUGUGAUAUUAGGGUCAUUUAACAUAUGAAUAUGUAUUUUGCUUUAAAAAAAAAUCACCAGAUAAAUAUGCCCCCUGAUUUUUAAAAUGAUUUCCCUUGGUAACUUUUUGCCCAAAAAGGGUGAUUCUGUAGAGACAUAGUCCACAGGGGUAGAGAUUCUGCUGGCCCCUGAUGAGUGGUAAUCUCUACUUCGUUGUCCCCAGGCAGAUGUAAAUUCUGGAGUUAGAAGGGCCUGUUGUGACUUUCCGUGGUUUUUUUUGUUUGGUCUUUUUGGUUUUAAAAUUUAAAGUUGCUUUUGGAGCAGGAGGGAAGGGGGCAGUGGUUCUCCAGGAUUUUCCAUGAGAAGCAACUUUAAAUUUACUCUCAAGAUGGAGAAAACCACACCCAUCUCCCUCUCUGAGUUUGCUGCGUCUCAAGGAAGACAGAGUACCAGUUGUUGCUGUUCCCCGGGCAACAGAUGGUCACGUUUCCACUCAUGUUUUUCUGCAGUGCUGAAGGGUAUAGGCAGCCAGAGAGAGAUGAAACAACAGAUCAUAUGUUCUAUGGAAUAUUAGAGUGUGGUUAGAUUUGAAGAGAAUUUUGAACACUUCAGCUUUCUGACUCAGACCUCCCCCCACCCUCCCUUCUAUCAACUGAUUCUUCCAAUAAUGAAAUUAUAUUUGUGUAUAUUUGAACUAUUUCAGGUCCUUUCCGUUGUGUUCUUAGAUGGGGGUUUCUAACUUCAGGUUGUAUUUAAACAGUUUCCAUUGAUUGUUAUCCAGUACUGAAAAUUGACUAGUUUGAAGAAACAAAAGCACUUCUAGUUCUUUGGGUAUGGAGUUACCACAUUUGGUUUCGUAAGAUACUUUGGAGAUAUCUCCAGGGAAGUCAGUGUUAGCAGAAGUGGUUGGCUGUGAUGCUUGAAUUGCUAGGCAGUUGAUGUCAUAUGACAUCUCUCCACAAAAGUCACUCAUUUGAGACUUUUGAGGUCUAGUUCCCCCACACUCUUUGAAGUAAAUAAGAUGACAAGACGUUGCUGGGUCAUUGCGAUUAACCUUCAUUGGUUUGGGCUAGUAUUAACUUUGGUCUUUCUCUCAGUCUUGCCUGCAUGUAAGAGAAAGUCUUUGGAAAAAUGUUCUUUUUCCCCAGUGUACCCAGGAAUGGGUACAGAGAGAGGGAAGGUGGCUUCACCUUUUUUUCCAUUCAGUUAUUGUACUGGGUGUUAUGUGUUCCUCUUUCUCUGUCAGCUUAGAGCAUUCCUACCUAAAGUAAAUGGAUGUAAGAAGGAAAAGACAGUUUUUUGUACCUCUUUUUUUCUGUGCAAUUAUGAAUAAGAAAAAAAAAUCCAGAACACUACAGUUUUCUAAGCUCCUGACCUGCCAUUUGCAUAACUCCAGCAAUUAACUCUGCAAGGACUGCACCAGUCCUCCUAUUACUAUAUUUUGUUAGGGCAUAUUCCAAUAGGGCUCUCUUCCUUUUGCUCUGAGUCAGGUUACCACAGAAGAAGCCGAAUGGAAAAUGCCAAAUGUUUCACCAGUUGGGGUCAAUAUAGCAUAAUAUGAAUUUCAGCUUAAACACUAAACUUUGAUUCUAAGCAGUUAUACAUUUUGGGGUUCUCUUGUUUUUUUUUAAAAAAAUUAUUUAAGGAAACCAGGUUUAACAUACUUAAUUUUUUAUUUUAUAUGUGUAUAUGGUUAAUAUGUGGGUGGGUUUUUUUGGACUUCUUAACAUGGAGGAUUACAAAUAUGGUUCUUUUAUUGCUACAGUGUCCAUCAUGAAAUCUGCUCUGCUUGCUCUGUAUAAUAAUCAUGUGUUGGGUUUAGUACUAUUUAGUAAUGUCCAGAUUAAUUUUAUAUGGUAAGCCAGGGUGCGCUGAAAACACUGCAAAUACCGUAUAUUUGCGUGCAGUUUCUUCCAUUAUGUCUCAACCUUAUCUUGUUUUUGUCUUUAAAUUACUAGGUAGUGCCAAGAUGCCUUUGUUAGCCUUUAUGUUGGAAGUGAGUGGACUGCGGUUUCAGAUAGUUAUGAGAGAGAAAAAAGCUGUAACAUAGCUAUGAUGUCCCUGCCUGUUGAGUACACUUGAGUGUAUGAAAGGAUUUCAAGGUUUUUUUUGGUUUUUGGUUUUUUUAAUUGGUGCCAGUGCCAAGAGGAUUUUUCCUUGUACCUUUGCAGUGUCACUAUUACACCUUUUUUCAACACAUCGAUAAAGCUUUAUUUUGUGAAAUUGAGAAAUUCGUGCAGUGUUUAAUGUGUGAGUGUGUCCGCAACCUAUCAGGUGGGCUUGUUUCGAAUGACUUCGGGAUCUGCUGUAGUUAAAAAUCUGUGUUUGCUUCCUGUCUUGUAGGUUGUCUUAUGUUUCAUUUCAAAAUGAAACUACCAAUUCAAAGCAGCUGGGGUAGUGGUUGUCUUUCUUUACCUCACUUUAAUUGUUAUGAAGUUCGAGGUGGAAAUGGUAUCACUGAGUGUGGAAUUCUGGAACGCCUCCAGACACCAUGAAGGGCUUGAGGGAGGAGAGCCAGUUUCAAGGAGCAGAAGAGCCGGUUAACGAGCUCAUACCAAUAUGAGCAGUAGUAUACUUGGUGGUUAGUAGAGGGAUGGAGGGAGGUAAUCAUUUGUUCGUGGCAUUCUAAGGCAGCUGGCUGGAACAGAGAAAUAAAUUCUGCAUCAUCAUAAACUAUUCGGGGCCGAGGGUAGGAAUGUGAUGCUUUGUUUUCCUUAAAGCGGGGUGUUACUUGACAGUGACUUGGGCCACUUCAUGUUUUAGCUUUCAAAAAGUUGGCAGGUUGGGGCUAAUGAAACUAAAUUUUAAAACCGGUGGAUGUGGAGGGGUUUGUAUGUGUGUGUGCACGUGUGUGUGGGUGUGUAUGUGGCCAAGUGCUGGAAUGUAGAUCAUGACAACCCUAAAAGGAAGAGUGGGUUCCAACUCCCCACCCUACUUAUUCCCAGAGGAAGGAGUUGGAAAUGUGUGCCCAUAACCACUGGUAGUGGUAGGAGCUGUUGGAUCCAUCAGGCAUAAUCAGCUCCAACCUAGGUUAUUCUGACAGUGCCUGGCAGCUUCCUGUCCUAGUCAAGGGAGUAGACUUCUCUCUCCUUUUCAGAUUUUUUUUCCUUAUAUUUUAUGAGUUUAAUUCCAGGUCACAUGUUCUGGCAGACUACCUGGAAUAUAGUUUGGAAAACAGAAAUGCUAUCAAUGAAGAAAUGCAUUCUAUUUGCAGUACAACAGAGUUUGAGUUGGGUUUUUUUGUUUUUUUUGUUUUUUUUCCCUGAAAGUAGGGUUUUUUUUGUGGAGGGGGUCAUUAUUAUUAUUAUCAUUAUUAUUUUUUGGAAAACAAAGCCUUUCCUGUAGCAUGCACCUUAAACUAGAGUGUGGUCCCCACAAGCCCGGUCCUAAUGCAUACAACAGAUAGAGUUAUCACUACGUUAAUACUUUCUACUUGAGAACCUUGCACUUAUGUGUUUUUCUUGCGGGAUGGGGGCUGAGGGAGAGGGAUGAUAUAUGAUGGUAGUGGGAAUUGCUUGUCUCUGGGGAGUGUAGUGAUUUGUCCAGCUAAGGUGACUUCUCACUAGGGAUGAUGUCAAUAGUCACCACCUCCGGAUUCUUAGAGGAGCUUCUUGACAUAAAAUGAUGGGGUGAAAUGUUUUCCCUGGACUUGUCACCUAUUAAAAAAAAAAAUCACCGAUCUUUUGUAAACACAAAAAAAGGAACUCAUUUCAGUUUUCAGGUGGAAUUAGAAAUAGAUACAAUUAGACCUCUUUGAAAACAAAUUGACUGUUGAAAAUCUGUACAUACUGAAACUUUACAAGCAAACUUUUAUCGGGGUGGGAUUUAGGGAGAAGGGAGGGUUUGAGGGGGAGGGGAAUGACAAUGUUUACCACAGGUACGAAGUAGUCACUUUAACAUUGAGACCUCUGCCUCAUUGAAUUCAGGUUUUUUAAUGUACUUGAAACUUCAGAUCCUUAUUUUACAGCUUUUUUAUUUAUAAGAGUAGAAAGCAUUGUUUUUUGUAUACUGUGUUGAAAAUAAGUAGCCAAGUCUCUUUCCCUCCCAAAUUUGGGUUAAAGGUGAACUUCUUAGGCCCAUUGCGGAGCCUGAACCGUGCAAAUGGGAGAGAUUUUCAGAGCAGAUGUCUCAGACUUUUAUGUACACAACUUAAGGAAGAGACUCUUAUCACAUAAGACACCAGCAGCAUUUUAUGAAUAUUUCCUAUGCCUGUCCUUUACUUUCAUCAUUGCAUCAACCUUGUCCCCAUGUCCCCCUCUUCUCCUUUAAUGUGUCUCUGGCAAAAACAUUUGCACUUACAUUACACUCCUGAAAUGCUGGAUGUAAUCAGUGUGUGUUUCAGAAUCCGACGUUUCUGUUUCCUGUCAUCGUCCAUUCCUGAGUGACAAACGUGGGUACUGGUGAGAAGUUUGCAAGCGCAAGAGUAAGCUCGGGCUCAGAGCUUACGGGGAGGGAGAAAGAUUUGUAUGAACCAAGUUGCCCUCCGAUAUGGAGAUCCCCAUCAAGUCAUUCAUUCGUUUACCAAAAAGGCAGAACCAUUUAAGUAAACUUGCCAAAGCCAUUCAUUGUCUUUCAUUUUCUCCGGUGGUAUGAACUGCAUCUGCUAAUCAGAAUGAGAGCACUGAAGUUUCUAAUGCUCUGUCUUCUUGCCUGGAAAGAAAAAAAGGCUAAUAUAUUUGAGUCAUUUUCAAGCAUCAGUCAGUUUCCCUAGCACUGGACCUGGAAAAGGAAUUACUGUCAGCUUAGAAAUGGACUGGAUGAAAUUUACUUUUACUUCAUAGUCAUUAAUAUCGGUCUCAUUUCUAGUGUCAUAUAUUUUAAGAAGUUAAUGUUGCCACUGAUAUCCAAGAUGCUAAGAUAAUGAUUACAACUGGCUAGUAAGAUAUAGUGUCUUUUUGUAUAAGGGUGUGUGCAUAUUUGGGAUUGGUGUGAGAAAUUAAACCCAUUUGUACCCACAUACUGAGUGAUAUUGCACAACAAACACAGAUACCCACAGAUUCCGUUUUCAUUUCCAUGUGAUCUUUAUCUGUAAUAAUGACCUUUGUAGAUUCGUUAUUUCUGUAGAAUUUGUUUAUCUGUACCAAACUUUGUAGAUUCUGUGAAAUGUUAUUUUAAUGAAAUCACUUGAGUCUUUAAUAGCAAAGCAUCAAUAUUCACUAAAAGUCAAUCUCUCAAAGAGUUUCUAUGACUUGACUGGAAGCUCUUGACACUAAUGAUUUAGUGUUAACUUUUCCCUGGGGAUGUUCCGCUGGGGCAUUACUGUAUUAUGACUUGAUGUUGCCGCAUAGACUUUGAGAAAUACAAUAUUUUGGGGGUUUUUUGUUGUUUGGCCUAUGUUCUCUUGCAUAGUGUGAAACAUGUAAAGCUUGGUUUAACCUGUACAUAGAUAGCUUAUGGUCGACUAGUUAUAGUGGAUUUAGAAUUGCCUGUAAUAUUUAAGCUUCUUACUGAAUGUGUGUGAUGGUAGGAACAUAUAAUUUUUGUACAUUAUAUUUACUGAGAUGUUGCCUUUUUUAUUUUACAACUACUUUGGAAUUCAGAUGUGUUUUUUGCUUCCGUGAGGAUUAAUUUGGAAAAGUUUUUAAUGACAUUCCACUGAUUUCAGAUUUUGCUUGAGAUUGACUUCAAUAAAUUGUUCUGAAUGUUCCAAGUUAA